AUGUCACGGAUCCAUUCCUUCAACCUGGAAUGGCGCAAAUGGGUGGCAGAGGCUGGAGCGAAACAUGGCUUCGGACGUCGCCCAAACGUCAUGCCUCUCGGUCCGGCCGGCACCAGCGGAUGCGGCUCCACGGAAGACAUGGACCUUGGACUCUCGAUGCGAUGCUUGAUCGGGAACGACAAUCAGUAUAAGAACCGGCCGACGAUGCGCCCAGAGACGACGUUCUUGUCCUGGAUCAUCACCAACAAGCAACACGACUACGAUACUCAAGCAAACGCUCAAGACAAGAAUCUCCUUGGAUUCAAAAUUUCACCUUACCCUACCUACCCUUAA